CGUGUAUACAGAUAGAUCCAAAAAAAUAAAAGAAAAGAAAGGAAAAGUGAAGACGGGAUUUGAUUGGAUUGAAUUGGAAAGAGGGAUGAUGGAGAAUCCGAUGAUGAUGAAGAUACGAACAUUAGUUGAAGCUAUUCACUCCACUCCUACUCAGGUCGUCCUCUUUUUCUCCGGUGGUGCUUCUCAGGCGUUAGGUUGGUUAGCAUCAGUUCCUGGAGCAUCAAACACUCUUCUUGAAGUUAUUGUUCCUUAUUCUCGUAUGUCCAUGGUCCAAUUGCUCGGCAAGGUGCCUCUUCAAUUCACUAGUAAGGAGACUGCUGACGAUAUGGCAUUAUUAGCUUAUAAUCGUGCCCUUAAGCUAUCUAAACCAGGUUCUCCAGUGGUAGGCGUGGGAUUUACUGGUUCUUUAGCUACCACACACCCAAAACUUGGGGAUCAUAGGUUUCAUUUGUCAACACGAACUUCUAACCAGCUUUGGGCUUCUUCAGUAACUUUGACAAAGGGUUUGAGAAGUCGAGAGCAAGAAGAACAAGUAUCAAGUCAAGCUGUACUCAAGGCGAUUGCAGAUGCUUGCAACGUUUCAAGUUCAAUGGUGUUUGUUUCUGAUUUGGCUGAAGGUGAAGUUUCUGAUGUAAGUGAGGAGUUGUUUGACGAAAACCAGGAGCUAGAACAACUAAUACAUGGCAAAAUAUGCUUCAAAGUCUUUCCAUUUUCAAGUGGGACACAAUUUUCAACUGGAGAAAGGAAAGUAAUUCUUUCUGGCUCGUUUAAUCCUUUACAUGAUGGCCACCUUAAGCUGUUGGAAGUUGCAAUGAGCCUCUGUACAGAUGGGUAUCCAUGCUUUGAGUUGUCAGCCAUAAAUGCAGACAAACCUCCACUCACUGUCACACAGAUUAAAGAUCGUGUUAAACAAUUUGAAAAAGUUGGGAAGACGGUGAUUAUUUCUAAUCAGCCAUAUUUCUACAAGAAAGCAGAGCUUUUUCCUGGCAGUGCUUUUGUAAUUGGUGCAGAUACUGCAGCGAGGCUAAUAAAUCCUAAGUACUAUGGUGGUAGCUACGAGAACAUGAUAGAGACACUCCAAGGAUGUAAAAGAACAGGAUGCACUUUUCUUGUAGGUGGUCGUAACAUGGAUGGCGUUUUUAAGGUUUUGGAGGAUUUUGACAUCCCGGAUGAGUUAAAAGACAUGUUUAUUUCAAUACCGGUCGAUAAGUUUCGUAUGGACAUUUCAUCAACAGAAUUAAGGAACAGUCGUGGAGUGUAAGUAAAUAAAUGCUCGGAAAUAAUCAUAUCAUACGUACAUUCACUUGACCAAGUUACUUUGCCACUUUUAAUUGAUGAAUGUUUUUUUUGUUA